UACCGGGACCAAAAAGUGGUCCCAAGCGAUCCAGCCACUCCAAGCUCAAAAGAAGCCAGUACACUUAAGAAAACUUCCUCUUUCUGUCCUCCGCCGACGGCCUAUCGUCACGAUGGGGCUCACAGCCCCUUUUUGUCAGUGCUGCCUGCGUCAUCACCGUCAAUUCAUGUUCAUGCAUCUUCGGUGGAUCAACAAGUAAGGGAGACACCAAAGCCAACGCACGAUCUGGGAAGCCCUACUUAUCGAGGCGACUUGUUAGCGAAUCAGUUAAGCAUCGAUUUGAUUGUGAAUUCGACGGAUAUGGCGCUGAAUUGUUCUUCAGGGCCCAAGUCGAAGAUGAUCGGUUUCUUCUGCCUUUCUUAA